AUGCAUCAGGACGAGGCACGAGAACGAGAAAACCACCAAGUUUUGGGCACCCUUGAAGGCGCCUCGGGGUUGACAAUGAAUUUCCUUGCCGACUGGAUACCCUUAGCUCCACUCAAGGAUGAGGAAAUAUAUGGCACAGGAAUCACUAUUAAAGAAGAGCUCAACGAAGAUGAUUCCACUGACGUUGACGACAUAUGUUAUAAGAAAGUCCAUCCUAUUAAUUUCAAUGACAAGUCAUACAGGUAUCAAAUUUGCAACAAGACCUUCACUUGCGGAAAUCUAGGAAGGCACAUGACAGCACACACAAAGAAGCCAUACAGCUGUGAGAUUUGCAAUAAGGCCUUCUCAACUAAUAGUGGUCGGGUAAGGCACAUGGGUGUACAUACGAAAUACAUUUGUAAUAAGAAAUUCUCACACAAAGGAUAUAUCGGAGGCCAUAAGGAAGUACAUGCAAACGAGAAGCCAUAG